CAAAAUAAAUCAGCUCGCAUCCUCUGGAAAGACAAGUGCUAGCAAGGCCAAAAGAAGAGAAAGAGCUAUGGAAACCAUGAAAGCUCUAGUCAUGGUUGUAGUGCUGUUAGAUGGUGCAACCACCACCUAUGCUGUCUUCACCGGGCAGGGUGUUGAUUUUCAGUACCUGAAUGUCCAUGAAACAAUGGUAGCUACAAGAAUCCGGCCUUCCGAGAUAAAAAGCUUUCAAGAGUUCUCGGAAAGUAACAACGGAGAUGAAGCUGAGGGAAGGUGGAAGUUGAAGUUAGUUCACAGAGACAUGAUCUCUCUGGGAAAUUUCUCCAAUCAUCGCCACCAUCUCAGUGAACGCAUCAAAAGAGAUGUCAGAAGGGUCGCCAGCCUUACCCGCCGCCUGAGUGGUGGUGGUGGUGGUGGAGUGAAUUAUGGGGUGGAGGAUUUUGCGUCAGAGGUAGUUUCAGGCGUGGACCAGGGCAGUGGAGAAUAUUUUGUACGGAUAGGAGUUGGGAGUCCUCCAAGGAAUCAAUACAUGGUGAUUGAUUCAGGGAGUGACAUAGUGUGGGUGCAAUGCCAGCCCUGUAACCAGUGUUAUCGCCAAUUGGAUCCAGUGUUUGACCCGGCAGACUCGGCCACCUUCGCCGGUGUUGCUUGCAGCUCCACUGUCUGCGGCCUGCUUGAGAACGCCGGGUGCCGUGCCGGACGCUGCCGCUAUGAAGUGUCAUAUGGCGAUGGGUCAUACACAAAGGGGACCCUUGCGCUGGAGACGCUAACGUUUGGACGCACAGUGGUGCGGAACGUAGCAAUCGGGUGUGGCCACAGGAACCGCGGCAUGUUCGUGGGUGCCGCAGGGCUGUUGGGCCUUGGGGGCGGCUCAAUGUCCUUCGUUGGGCAGCUGGGAGGCCAGACGGGCGGUGCAUUUGGCUAUUGCCUAGUGAGCCGUGGUACAGGCUCAGGCUCAUAUGGGUCGUUGGUCUUCGGCCUUGGAGCAAUGCCGGUGGGUGGUGCAGCAUGGGUUCGACUACUUCGAAACCCACGGGCCCCAAGCUUCUAUUAUGUUGGGCUUGCUGGUCUAGGAGUGGGCGGCGUCCCGGUGUCAUUGCCUGAGGCUGAGGAUGUGUUCCGCCUCUCGGAAUAUGGAGAUGGAGGCGUUGUCCUGGACACAGGGACAGCAGUGACUAGGCUGCCAGGGCCAGCUUACCAGGCAUUGCGGGACACGUUCAUUUCUGGCACUGCAGGCCUCCCAAGAGCCCCUGGAGUGUCAAUAUUUGACACAUGUUACAAUCUUUUGGGGUUCGAGACAGUGCGAGUGCCAACAGUUUCGUUUUACUUCUCUGGUGGGCCGAUCCUGACUCUUCCGGCCAGGAACUUUCUGAUUCCGGUGGAUGAAGUGGGCACCUUCUGUUUUGCCUUUGCACCUUCUUCAACAGGGCUUUCCAUCAUUGGGAACAUACAACAAGAGGGGAUCCAGAUAUCAUUUGAUGUAGCAAAUGGGCUUGUGGGUUUUGGGCCCAGCACUUGUUAAUGUAAACCAAGGGAGAAAUGGUACAUUUUGGAGUCUAUUCUAGUGAGAUAUAUUAUAUAUAUGACAGGUAAAAAUGAGGUUCAUGUAUGUGGGUAUUAACUUAGAAUAGUGAAUUAUGCAAAAGUUAUGCGUUUCUCUUUCUCUUAAA